AUGGAUUUCAACCAGUCAGACAACGAAGCCAGAAGCAGUGAGCCUAUCGUCGAAUCACAGGGCCAGGAGGACAUUCAGCCCAAUCACCAGGAUGGCCUGAAGUUGGCGUCCGAUGUCUCGAACCAAGGGGAUCUAGGGGGCGAGUCAGCUCCAAAGGCGCCAGCGCAGGAGCACCUCUUUCCCAGAAGCCCGAAAGGCCAAGAAUCUCCCGUCGCCAUUGCUAUCCACCGGGUAAUCGAUGAUGACCAUGGACCCACGGCGCCCUGGUUUCCCCAAAGCCCCACAUUCCUUCCCGUAACCAUGGUUUCGGAGGAGUGCUCCUGCAGUCCACGAUCAGACGGCUCCAGGCAAGAGUCAAGAGAGCAGUCCCCAACAGCUGGACGACGGGACGGCCAACAGCCUCAACUUCGACAGUUGAACGGGUCCUCACAACAUAGCUGGCGGGAAAGCGAUAUGGCUCAGACGCGGGGCUCCUCAGCCAGGGAACCAUCACCUGUCGACGAUCAAAGCAGGGCCGCGGCGGAGGUGGAACACCCAGAGAACCCUUUGAGGGCCGGUCAACCCGUCCUGGACCGGUAUCCUCGUGACGAUGCUCUAGGCGCUGCUUUUGACACCCCAUCUCAAUGGGAAAACGUCCUUCCUCCGAUGCAGAUGACUACCUCCCCGUUGCCGGACAUGCCCGGGCCCCAUCGGAAUCCGGAGAUACUUUUGCCUCCUCUUACCAACACCAGCCUGCCUUCGACCGCGGAACUCGUUGAUGGCCCCCUGGUUCAUCGGUGGCGCUCGCGGCCCGACUACCCAUGGUCUGGCUUCUUGCCGGACGUGUACGAAAGCCGGCGCCUGGAAUUGCAGACGGUGGACGGUGGGCCGCCUCGUCUAGUGCAAGGGCCCACGCAGCACCUCGGGCCACCACUGAAACCGUUUGAUGGCGCAAGAGCCGGGGAGGUGGCUAUCGAGCAAUGGAGGCGUGUCGUGAGGGAGAGAGAGAUUCGCGAGGCAGGAGGAGUGUAA